UUUUUGUGGGGAGAUGUUGUGGCGAGCAGUGCGGCGGGUGGCAAGGACCACGCAGCGAACACCGGGCAUCGAUGCUUACGCCAAGACGCGGCCUUUGUACCCGUGCUUGGCAGAGAAGCUGACGCCUAUUCAGCACAUCCGCGACAAGUACAUAGCUAACACAGAACCAGGGCAGAGGUUUCGCGACGAAGAAUUCACCAUUGCAGGGAGAGUCACCUCCAAGCGGCAGAGCGGCAAGAAGAUCUGCUUCUACGAUAUUGAGGACGGCAUCAGCAACAUUCAGGUGGUGGCAUUUGGCAAGGAUCACAGAGGGGAAGACUAUGAGGAGGUGCACGCGGCAAUACGACGCGGCGAUAUCGCACGUGUGACUGGGUACCCGGGCACAAGCAAGAGCGGAGAGCUGAGCUUGUUCGCCCAAGAGGCACAGCUCUUGGCGCCAUGCUGGCACAACAUCCCUGACUCCCUCACAGAUGUGAAUCUUCAGUUGAGUGAGCGGCCCCUACACAUGCUCGUCAACCAGAACUUCAAGAAUACCCUCCUUGUUCGAUCGCAGGUGCUGCAAGCGCUGCGGUCGUUUCUCGUUUCGCGCGGUUUUGUGGAAGUGGAAACGCCCAUCCUAGGCUCCCAGCCCGGCGGGGCAAGUGCCCGCCCAUUCUGGACGAAAUCAAACGCGCUUGAUCGCGACUAUGCCCUCCGCGUGGCGCCCGAACUCUACCUCAAGAAACUGGUCGUCGGCGGGCUGCCCCGUGUGUUUGAGAUUGGCAAAGUCUUUCGCAACGAAGGCAUUGACCGGACGCACAAUCCGGAAUUCACGAGCUGCGAGCUGUACCAGGCGUAUGCGCCGUUUGAAGAGCUCUUCGACCUCACCGAACACCUCUUGCGUCAUGUCGUGCAAGCUGUCACGGGCGGCUCUCUCGUGCUAAACGUGCAUGGAACCCCUGUGGACCUCUCGGCGCCCUUCCAGCGCCUCGCCUUUGUGGACACAAUUGAGAAGGCAACCGGCACGCGCGUGGUGGAUGCGCACACGGGCAACGUGCUGCCACUGCCUGCGCUGGCGGACCUGUGUGAACAGCACGGCAUAUCGACAGAUGCACCGCUGACAGCCGCCUCCUUGCUAGACAGGCUGGCUGCACACUUUAUUGAGCCGCUCUGCGUGCAGCCCACGUUUGUGUACGGCCACCCAACGUGCCUCUCUCCGCUCGCGAAGCAGUCGCAGACACAGGCGGGCAUUUCGGAUCGCUUUGAGCUCUACAUUGAUGGCAAGGAGAUUGUCAACGCAUACAACGAGUUGAAUGACCCAGAUGAGCAGCGCAGCCGCUUCAGGGAACAGGAGGCGGAGCGCGCCGCUGGUGACGAUGAAGCGCAGGUACCGGACGAGGACUUUUGCCGCGCGCUGGAAUAUGGGCUGCCACCAACUGUCGGGUGGGGGAUGGGCAUUGACAGGCUCAUCAUGCUGCUCACAGACACAGGCAACAUCAGAGACGUGAUUGCCUUUCCAAUGAAAGCAUAG